UCCACACAACCCCCUUCCACACAUCCCCCUUCCACACAUCCCCCUUCCACCCAACCCCCUUCCACACAUCCCCCUUCCACCCAACCCCCUUCCACACAACCCCCUUCCACCCAACCCCCUUCCAGACAACCCCCUUCCACCCAACCUCCUUCCACACCUUCCACCCAACCCCCUUCCACACAUCCCCCUUCCACCCAACCCCCUUCCACACAACCCCCUUCCACCCAACCCCCUUCCAGACAACCCCCUUCCACCCAACCUCCUUCCACACAUCCAAGGCCGUCAAUCCAGUUAGAAUGUAACACCAGGGGCUUCAAAAGCACCUUUUGGUCACAGUUUGCAGCCAGCUUCACCACCCCUCCUCCUCCAUCACACCUGCAACGCGAGAUCAACUUCUGCUUACCAGACACAAAGACAGCUACUGCGUCAACAUCUGUGCAGAAAGAAAACGAGCGCAAGGCGUACCUUAGGUCGCCCUCCUGA